UAAUAAAUAAAACUUGAAAUACAUUACCAUUUUACCGACAAAAUUAAUGAACUGUGAAUCAUUGGUUAGGCGUUGGUAAACCUUGUUAAGCAAAUCAGUUAAGAGGUCACCAUUGGCAUCGCCGUCCAAAGUCUACGCCGUGAAAUCACAGUCUGCCGCCAAAACCCAAAACUCUUCACUAAUACUUCGUAUUAUUUUGUAGCAGUAGUUUUCGGAAUUACCACUUCCAAUUCAAACUGUAAACUGAAUAGUCGGCUCAUUAAAAAAAAGUACGAAGAAAACAGCAGAACCAAAUUUAAUACGAGAAGAAAAAGUGGGUAAAUAAUGACAGGAAUCAUCACCUACUCAUUUAAAGGUCUCAACUACGUCUCCCUACUUCGCCCCUCGGCUUUUCAUCGCUAUCGUUACUGCUAUCUUAAUCCUUUCGUCACACCUCCAUUCACCAACGCUUCCUUCUCUUCUUCACUUCCCUCUCACUCCUUGGGAUCAAAACCGGCUACGUUAAUGGAAGUGGUUAAAGCAGCUUCGAGGCCAUCUGUUGCAGGAAGUAUAGCAAUUCGAGCUGAUCAAAAGAGCUAUACUUACUCGCAACUCCUCUCCUGUGCAUGCAACAUAUCUAGGCUGUUACCCAGCACCAACAUCAAAAUUAAUAAUAAAGGCGUUAGUGGACAUGGAAAUCUUGGUGGAGCUCGAAUUGGUAUUGUUGCUAAACCUUCUGCUGAGUUCGUGGCUGGAAUGCUGGGCACUUGGCUUAGUGGAGGUGUUGCUGUUCCACUAGCUCUCAGCUAUCCUGAGGCUGAGCUCUUGCAUGUUAUGAAUGAUUCGGAUAUAUCUUUUGUAUUGAGUACUGAAGACUACGGUGAAACUAUGCAAAGUAUUGCCACUAGAUGUGCAGCACAAUUUUCACUUAUUCCUCCUGUUUCCAGCACUUUGUCAUCCCCUAAUAUGACUGAUGAAUUGCAAACUGGAGAGAUAGAAGCAGAUGGAAGUUUGAUAGAUGAAAAUCCGGCAUUGAUCGUCUACACGAGUGGUACAACAGGUAAACCUAAAGGAGUAGUUCAUACCCAUAAGAGCAUCUCUGCACAGGUGAAAAUGCUAGCUGAUGCCUGGGAGUAUACGUCUACUGAUCAGUUUCUGCAUUGUCUACCACUACAUCAUGUUCACGGGCUUUUUAAUGCUUUACUUGCCCCUUUGUAUGCUGGCUCAACUGUUGAAUUUAUACCAAAGUUUAGUGUAAGGAAUAUUUGGCAAAGAUGGCGUGAAUCAUACCCAAAAAAUGGGGCUAAGGCUGAUGAUGCCAUUACUGUUUUUACGGGUGUUCCAACAAUGUAUGCUAGAUUGAUACAAGGUUACCAAGCAAUGGAUCCAGAGCAACAAGCUUUAUCUGCCUAUGCUGCACAACAGUUGCGUCUUAUGAUGUCUGGGUCUUCUGCACUUCCUCAACCUGUCAUGCACGAAUGGGAAACCAUCACUGGACACUGCCUUUUAGAACGGUAUGGGAUGACUGAGUUUGUCAUGGCAAUAUCAAAUCCAUUAAGGGGUGCUCGGAAGGCAGGCACAGUUGGCAAACCAUUUCCUGGUGUGCAGGUCAGGAUUGCUGAAGAUAGAAGCGGGGAUGGUACGAUUGGCGAGGGUGAACUUUGUGUUAAAAGUCCUUCAUUGUUUAAAGAAUACUGGAAACUUCCUCAGGUAACCAAGGAAUCGUUUACUGAUGAUGGGUUUUUCAAGACUGGGGAUGCUUGUAGAGUGGAUGAAGAUGGAUACUACGUCAUUUUGGGACGUACAAGUGCUGAUAUAAUGAAGGUUGGUGGAUACAAAUUGUCUGCCUUGGAAAUUGAAUCAGUUCUUUUACAGCACCCUGAUAUAGCAGAGUGCUGUGUGUUUGGCUUACCGGAUAAGGAUUAUGGAGAAGCUGUAUCUGCAAUAGUGGUGCUGGAUUCAGAACAAAAAAGGAAACAAGAAGAGUCAAACUCUGCUUUCAGUUUGGAAGAGCUUUGCAACUGGGCUAAAGACAAACUUGCUCCAUACAAGCUUCCAACGAGAUUAAUGUUGUGGGAUUCUCUUCCUCGUAACGCGAUGGGAAAGGUGAACAAGAAAGAGCUGAAGAGACAGUUGGGCAAUGAAAAGUAAGCAAUCUUUAUUCUGAGCUACAUGAUAGAACACAAUAAUUAGGGAUUGAAUAUCAGACUUGAAAUUUUAGAACUGAGAAGCUUAUGUCAUGCUCAGAAAUAUCAAAUAAGAGAAUUUUUUACAAUUUUUUUUGGGGAGUGAAAUGAACCGUUUUUCUUCUGGUACGAUACGAUCCAUGUUAAUUAUUGAAUGUACAGAAUUACUGAUAUUUCUGAAUGAAGAAAAACAUUUCCUUGGGCAUCCUUUUUGAAGGGUAAA